AUGUUACACUGAAUUUUUAAUACUUGACUAGGAGUCGGAAGGAGACAUGGGGGUUUAGGGAGAAGAGGCCGAGGGGGCGGGGCAGCAGGGAGCAUCCAGGCCGCCAGCCGCCCGGCCACCCAGGAUCCCGGCCUCCGCCCUCCCCAGCCGCUCCCAUGCCGACGGGCCAGCUCCUGACCCUGGCCCGGAUCCCGCCCUUCCAGCUCCCCAGCCUCUGCAGGGGCCGGCCUCGGGGCAGCGGCAGGGGCCUUCCGCCGUCAGCCCGGGGACCCGGCCUGCUGCAUGUGCCCGUCACCACGGCCCUCGGAGUCCAGGUCUUCGCAGAGAGGCCGCGGGUCCUGUGCCAGGAGGCCCCACUCUGGGAGACCUUGCCCCGAGACCCUGCGGACGGGGACCAGCAGACAGGCCGGAGCUUGACCGCAGAUCUUCAGGGCGCCCCCGAGAGGCCUCGGUGCCGCAGCUUCCAGAAGCUUUGGAAAGUGGGCCAGAUCCUCCGGGUUCCAGCGGUCAGCACCUCCUCGCCCCACCCGCCAGAUCCAUCCCAGACAGGCAGAGGGAGGCCUCACCCCAGCCCUGGUACGGUUCCGGAGGAACCCAGAAGGCUCUGUGUAGAACAGAACCUUCCGCAUCGGAGACACGCGCUCUCUGCUCAGUGGAUUGGACAGAUGAGGCCUGACCAUGAGGAGCAGAAGGAUCCAGGGACUGUUGGCUGCUGGCGAACACCCCAAGGGAGUCACGAAGCACCGGCGAAUCCAGCCCCAUGUCAUAGCCUGAAGCUCUGGAAUCUCUUUGCAGCACCUCCAGAGAAGCCCAGUUACGUCCUCGAUCCCUGAUCCCUCGGACUCUCUCCAGCCGUCCACACCAGGAACGGGGGAUGGGGGGACACCCAGGUCUCUCACGCAAUAAAAAUUAU